UAAUGAUAAUAAUAUUUAUUGCUCAUAUCUGUGGAUGUACAUGGCAUGGAAUAGCACAUUAUACUACAGCAUUUUCAUGGUUAGAUGCCUAUAAUUUAAGAGAUAGAACUAAUGGUACUCGUUAUAAUUAUUCAAUUUAUUGGGCUACUAUGACAAUGACAACCGUUGGUUAUGGAGAUAUUACAGCAUAAAAUGAUCUUGAAUUAUUAAUCAAUAAUAUCACAAUGUUUGUUGCAAGCAUAGUUUUUGCAUAUUCUGUUAAUAGUAUAGGAAUAUUUGUAUCAAAUAUGUAUAAAGGUACUAUGGAAUAUAGUAGAUCAGUUACACUAAUUAAUACUUUUAUGUCUAAAAAUAAAAUUUAGUUUGAUCUUUAAACAAGAAUAAGAAGUUAUUUAGAAUAUAUUUGGUAAGAAGAAUAGGAAAUGAAUGAUGAUGAAGUUGGUUCUAUUGUUAAAAAAUUGAGUAGACAUCUUUAAGAUGAAUUAUAAUAUGAAUUAAGAGGAAAUAUUCUUAAAAAUUGUAAAAUUGUUAUGAAGUUAUUUUCUGAAUAGUUUGUUAAAAAUCUUCUUUAAUCUAUGGAAGAAUUAUCAUUUAGUCCAGAAGAGAGAAUAAUUACAUGUAAUUAAAUAGAUGAUUGUUCAUUGUAUAUAAUUACAAAAGGUGAAGUGGAACUAUUAUUUUCAGGUAAAAAUUAAUUAGGAGAUAUUAUAAAAAGAAACUCAAUUAGAUUAUUAAAAUAAUAUGAAUGUUUUGGUGAAGUUGCAUUCUUUACAGGAAAUGCUAGGACAGCAACUGCAGUAUCUAAAGGAUUUACAAGAGCAUUUAAAAUAAAGAGAGAAUAUUUCUUAGCUAUUUUAUAAUCAUUUCCAAAUGAUUAUGAAAAGUUUUGUGAUGCUAGAGAUAGAUUAAUAAAUAAUGAAUUUUCAUCUCUAUAAUUAAAUUGUUAUAGUUGUAAUAGUAAUAGACAUCUCAUUAAUAAUUGUCAUAUAUUACAUUUUUGUGCAGAUUAAGAAAAGAUACUUAAAAAAGAAUUAUUCCCAAUUGAAUAACGUAGAAGUAUGGCAUUCAAUAGAACUAAAAAGACAAAAGGUGUUUGUGCCUUUAAUAUGUAGAAAUACUAUUCUGAUAGAGCUCGUGAUUUAAUAUAAGAUAUUUAUUAAUAAGAGAGAGGUGGAACUGAUAUUGAAGAUGGAGAUUCUCAUACUAUGCCAAUAAAUGAUGCAUAUGAAGAUGAUGAUGGUAAUUAUAUAUAAUUAUUAUCAUUAUUUAAUUAGAUUUACCUUCCUCAAUUAAUCAAUAAAGAAGUUAAUCAAGAACUAUGAGUAAAUUAAGUUAAAAGUAAUAACAAACAUAGGACAUUGAUGAUGAUCAUUAAUAAAACAAAGCAUAUCUUCGUAAAUCAUAUCCUCCAAGAUAAACUGUUUAAACAGCUGGCUUUGGAGGAACAAAUCCUAAAAAUAAAGAAAGUAUUUACUUUAUCUAAUACAUUAUAAGUUACAUGGAAUGUAGAAUAAUUAAGUGAUUCUUUAGAUUCAUCUGAAGAAUAAGAUUAAGUUGUAGUUCCUUUACAAUAAAUAACUCAAUAAAAAUCAAAUGAACUUAUUAAUAAAUAAUAAACACCAAAGAAAUAAUUAUCAAGAAGUGGUUCUACAGAUGAUCCAUCUAAAGUUCCUACAGAAAUUCGUCUAGCAAAAUAAUAAAUAUAAUCUAAAAAUUAAUCUGAUCUUGAAAUUCGACAUGCUUUAUCAAGAGAACAAGCUAGAAAAAUUACUGGUAGAACAAGAACACAUAAUGAUGAUCCAACUUUAAUCACUGAUAAUUUAACUUAAAAUAAUGCAGGCUAGUUAUUAUAAGCUCCUACUAUUACUACUAUUGUAUUAGCUUUUGAUAAAAUGUGUAUUUUUUAGUUCUAUUAACCUUUUAAUAAUUAUGAUGCUGUUAUUAAAAGGUAUUUAUAUUCUAUAUUUCACUAGAUAUUCAAGGGCAUAAAAAUUCUUUGGAAAAAAAAGAACAUAUCCUGAAAAUUCCCUCUAUUCAUUUUAUUUUAUGGCUAUUAAAAAAGGAUUUAAACUCAGAAAAUUAGGUUAAUUAUUACCUUCUGGAUUAUAAAGAUUCUCUGCUGGUUCUAAAUUUCUUAAAAAACCAAUCAAAAGAUUGAAAUAACCAACAUUAGCAGAAAAAAGUGAUAUUUUUGUUUAAAUUAAAUGA